AUGCGCCCCGUCACCGGGAUCCGCCUGCUGGCUUGGCUGGCUGCCGCGGCUUUGAUGGCUGCCCCCGCCCGCGCCACCGAGUCCGACGGCAGUUUGGUGCGCGGCCUGGCCGCCGUGGAUACAUCCCGGGAGCUGUGGUCCGCGCUGAUGGACAACAAGGUGGCGAGGGUACAGGUCACGGCCGACCUGUCCCUCCGGCGGGACGUCUGGCCCGGGGACGACGGCCACAGGCGGCACGCCAUGGUGGUCAGGAGGGACGUGAUCAUCGAGGGGGCGCCCACGAUCGCGGGCAGACGCCCGAGGAUCGAUUUGGACUACAUGCGGUUCAGGGUGGCGCCGGGCAGGGGCCGCGUACUGGUGGUGAGGGGCCUAGAAUUCACGUCCGCGGUGAAGAACUCCCGGGACACGGAGCUGCAGCUGACGGUGCCUUUCUUCACCCAGAGGAAGAACUCCACGCUGGUGUUGGAUGACAUUGUCGCGCCCGUGGCGGUGGGAUUCACAGCGCCGCUGGCGACGCUGCUGGUCCUGGUGAGGGGGAUACGGCCGGAGGGCCUGGAGGGGCGCAAUGCGCUGAGCCGGGUGGGGAAGGAGGAAUGCAGGGCGGGGUGGGGGGUACCGUGCCCGGAGCAGGCCCUGUGGGUGGAGGACUUCGCAGGGAUCAUGGAGGUGGAGGAGGUGAACGUGAUCAGGAGGGUGCAGAGGAAGUACGACGUCACCCUGGUGAUGAAGGACAGCCUGAUGGUGGCCGUGAACGUGGACAACAUGGAAUUCAACAGCACAGAGGACACCUCGGGCAGGAGGACUUUCGUGGCAGACAGUCUCUUUGAGCUGUUCGAGGCCAUGAUGGACCCAGAGGUCGUGACGGUUCACCUGUUCAACGACAUGGUGUUCGACAUGUCCUCCUGGCCCAACCUGCAUGGCCACCUCAUUGAGACCUGCAGCCUGGACAGGGAUGUGGUCAUCACAACCCACCCCACCAGCGCCAGCAAGGCAAAGUUCGACUUCAACUUGGCAAAGAACGGGAUAUCCGUGAGGGGAAACUCCACCCUGACUUUGAGGGACGUUUUUCUAACGAGGACGUCCAGGAAUCCAGACCACACCCUCACCCUGCCAUUCUUCGAUGUGGAGAGGGGCUCAACCUUGCACUUGCAUGGGGUGGUGGCCCACACGCCCAUCCGCACCACUGAUGUUCAGUACAUCGCAUCCCUUGUCAACAGGCUGGAGCAUGCUGGAGCACACGUGCCUUGGCACUCUGUUGAGUACCAUGACCCUGCCAGGUGCAAAGAUUUCGCCCCCCGGAAGGACAGCCCGUGCGAUGGGGGCUUCUUGGUGACCUCCGUGCUGCCCAACUCGCCCAUGGUGGCCCCCCACGUCCAGCCUGAGGACCUGGGCAGUGACGCGCCUGGACUGGUAUUUGUCAACAGCUCGUUUUUUUCGGUGCUGGACCUGAAAAAACGGCGGAUAAAGAGCGAAGAGGAGGAACUGCACCAGCAAAGGGGCAUUGCGCUUGUCAGCACAGAGGGACAGCUGCGCCAGGCACUGAAGAACGAGACUGUGAGGGCCAUCUGGCUGAGGAACAACUUGAACCUGACGAACAGGGCGUGGCCAGGGGGUCGAAACUCGUCAAUGAUGGUUGUUGACAGGGAUGUGAUGAUAGCGUCGCACCCAACAACAGGCCUGUCGCUUGCGAUCGAUCUGGACUACAUGAUCGCCAGAGUGGCAGCUGGGGAGAACCACAAUUUGUCGUUCGACAGGCUGAACUUUACGCGCGUGUCGAGGGAGGGCAUUCACUUGCACUAUGUGCCCUUCUUCUGCUGGCAGAACAACAGCACUCUGUUCUUCCGUCAGGUGCUGUCACAGAUGGCUGUGGAGCCGACCAGGUGGGAGUCGUGGCAGCAGGUGUUGGGAAAAUGA